AUGAACCCAUCUUCCCGGGUUGCUACCGACUCUGGGUGGUGGCCGUACUUUCGCCUAUCGUCGCCGGCCGCCAUGGGAACUUCUGGAUUGUUAACAGCCGGCAAGAUGCCCUCAAGCAUCGUUGCAGAUCAUCAGACCUCCGUCCCAACAAGUGAAAGACUCGUCUGCUAUAUCUCCUUCUCGUUCGCUCGGCAUCACUGCCCGGUCCUCCCUAUGGUUGAAUCACUUCCCCCGUUCACGGCUCAGGCUCAAAAAAUCGCCCAGCGACAGACAACGACAGAGGCUUCAUUCUUCUUACUCGGAAGUCUACUCGGAGUAUUUGUGUUGGUUGGACUCCUCAGAGCGCCGUUCACCAUCAUCUACUUUAUUACCGGUAGAUUCAAACAGGGAUGGACUCUGCGAAGAAAUUCACAAACUUCCGAGGUCACUUCAUUUAGGAACUGGCGAGUUAAAGGCAGUCGGUUUACAAUCAGUGGACUCAAGCCCCGAAGAACACAACAACUCUUCAUAGAAUAUCUAUACUGGUAUAAUAGAGUUGCUCUUCAAAGUGUAUGGCGAUGUCAACUUUUAACUCUUGCCAAGCUUUUGAUCGCACUCCUCUACAUCAUGGUCGUGAUCCUUUCGCUCUUCUGGAAGAACUGGCGAGCGGAUGAAUUCUUGAGCCGAUUCAGGAGACCUGCAUUCAUUGCUACCGUCCAACUCCCGCUCAUGUUUCUUCUGGCCAUGAAGAACAACAUUUGUGGGUUCUUGGGCGUCGGCUUUGAACGUAUCAAUUUCUUGCACCGUCUUGUUGGUAGAACAGUGGUUUUAUGCUCAAUCAUUCACGCGGUCCUAAUCUUGAAAGUUCAAGUCUUUCCUCUUCGUGAAUUGUUCAAACAAUCCACAUUUAUGUUUGGAAUGAUAUCAUUAGCAACAAUGAUAUUCUUGACGUUGACCUCCAUAGGUCCGAUCAGGAAGAGGUUCUAUCAAUGUUUUCUUGCAGUACACGUUCUGGGUUAUAUCUUGUUGCUCUUUGCUCUUUGGAAGCACGUCGAGGCUACCCAUCUUCCGAUUUUGAUAUGUUGCGGAUGUAAAGCAGUCGACCAGAUCUGUCAAGCUUUGAACACCCGUUUCAGGACGGCCAUGUUCACCUCCUUGCCCGGAAAGAUCACGAUAAUCGAAGUGCCUGACCUUGGGACUGGUUGGAGAGCAGGGCAAUUUGUUUUCCUGCGGGUAUACUCACCAAAAUAUAUCCUGGAAAAGCAUCCAUUCACUAUUGCAAAUGCUCCGGCCACAGAUUCUCCUUACAGAACCAAGAAUAGUCUUGUGUUAAUUGCAAAAGCAACUGGAGAUUACACGAGGAGAAUCCACGAGAUAGGAUUGACGAAGGCCGCGAUGGAGAGUCAAUCUUCAGAUGUCAAAAGUCCUCAUAAUCUAAGGGUGCAAAGCAUCUCGAGUGCAGAUACCAAGAGUGAAUUGGGACUAAUCGAUUCCACCUAUGAUAGUCAGCUCUUAGUUUCCAUCGAAGGACCUUAUGGCCAUAUGUAUCAUGACAUGAAGAGCCAUGAGACAGUAGUUCUUAUCGGAGCCGGAGUGGCUUGCACAUUCGUCAUGUCGCUGUUCGAAGAGGUUGUGGGAUCGGCUCUCAAAGCUUCGGCUGCCACGCGGAACAUUCUCAUCUAUUGGACUUUGAGAGACAUUGAUAUGGUGGAAUUCUUUCUUGAGCCCAUACGAGAGAAUAUGAGGAUGGCACAAGCCAUGGAUAUUGCAGUUCAAAUCAAGAUCCAUGUCACGUCAACGAUUGGCAUAUACAAGCCAAGACCAUUUCGGGAACUGACCAUAAUCCAAAGAAGGAUUGAUCUCAAAGAGGUCGUAACAGAGGCAGUCAACACGACUUUGGCCGAAAUCAAUGCCUUGGGAAGAUGCGAUCCUGCAUGUGGUAUCGGGAUUGCUUCCGCCAGUGGAUUCUCUUCUUUCUCUAAAGCUUUGAGAGAUGCAGCUCUCAGCGUGGAUAAAAAAACGUUCACUGAAAUCGGAGGUCUCACUGUUCACACCGAGAUUUUCGACAAUCAGUGAAUUGUCUUCUUUUUUCCUCCUGUUGUCUUUGCAAGAAAAUA